AUGUUGAAACUGAUGUAUACAGUGAUCAUUCUCUUGCUUGUUUUAGCAACACCAGCAAUGGCAGCCAAGCCUUAUUCUUAUAAAACUGUUCAAAAAAGGCUAGCACCUUGUAUUAAGUUCAUUCAAGGGAAAUAUUAUUCGAUUAAGCCAUCGGGGAGGUGCUGCAGAGGACUGAUAGAUAUAAGUGACAUGAUGAAAAUUGGCAGAAAGGAUUAUGUAACUGUUUGCAAGAAUAUUAAGAAAGCACUUUUACAUAUGAAUUAUGAUCCAAAUCUUAUAAAAACUGGUUCACAGCAAUGUAGAACAGGGUUUACUUUGCCUCCUGUUGGCCAUACCACUAAUUGUGCUUGA